GCCCAAAGUUUGAAGCCAAAAUAAAUAUUCAAUGGACGUGCCUAUGCAUGCCUAUAAACAUAGGCACAGCUUUUGAGCUUACUAUAUGAGGCAACCCGCUAUGAUUGCAUCGGUACGUCUUACUACCGCUGUCACUACCAGGGCGCUUUUUUUAGGCUGCUGUAACACUAGGCUCAAUAUUUACCUACACUUUAAUUCCUCAUGUUCUCUCACAUCGGUAUCUAUUCACAAAUCCAUGGUUGCUCCUUUUACAUCAACGCUUUGAGCGUCGCAUUCAUCUCAUUAUAAAUUAAUGUCGAAAUAGGUAUCCGUAAGCUCUUCAAAGUGGAAUAUGGUUGCGUGUCGAUAUCGGUUUCGUUAAUUAACAGCAAUCUUCACGAACAGAAAAGACAAAGGUGUGGGGGUAAGACUAAUGCUCAUAUUGAUCUGACAUUAUGGGAAUCGCUUAGAGUAUUUGUUUUUCUUAUUUACUUUACCAUUUGCAGGAGGAAGAAAUGACUGCCAACAAGUACUUUAAAGCUGUUUAGUAUUGUGAAGUAUUUACAUACACACACACAAAUAUAUAUAUAUAUAUUGUAUGCCUUCCAUAUGAAAUUCCGUUUGCCGUUCUUGUUGUUGUUUGAUUUCAAAAUUUAUAAAGGCGACGAUCAAAGCCUUUGUCAAUAAGAAUUGAUCAAGUGGUGCAUCUCAGAUGUUGAAUGUAGUUGGUCUAACAAGUUCCGGUGCUUCGACGUGUUUUGGCUUUCAAGAGAUGGACUAGACAAUAUUAACCAAUUAUAGAAACUAUGGCGUUACACUUCCAUAGAUUUCUUCAUGUACAUCGCAACAGAACAGAUUGCCAUUUCUGUACCUUGGAUUCUACAUCUUGGGGCUGCGACGCCAGCUAUUGUCUUGUAUCCAUGAGCGCUGUUCAGAUUAAUGGAAUCGUUCGAACCACCAAGAAUAACGGUGGUAAGGUUUUCCACCUCCUUUCCAAGAGGGGACAGGCGUUUUGGAAUGAAUACAUGGAUAUUAUCUUCAUGAAGACACUGCUGGCACUCUGUCAUUCAUGAGUGAAAUCUGGCAUUUGAAGUUUCUUAGCAGGCAAGUGGGGAUUUCUGUAGUAGUGCGCUGCCUUUGGAUUGUAUUAAGGGAUGAGUGCGUUGACGGAGGUAAGCGUAUUGAUAUCCUUUUUAAGGCCGAGGAUCCCGCAUGUGUAAUGGGUUACACAUUUUUCCGACUAAUAAAGAGUACUGUGAACAACGACGUCCAUCUACAGGCCAGUCUGGUCGCCACCUUGAUCGAUCGAUUAAAAGAGCGACCCAAAACGUGUGAAAUUCGGUUUGUCGAUGGUGCAGUUGAGUUUAACGUGAGUACCUGAGCGAUGGGUAUGCUGUGGUCUAUAUAUCUAUCGAUCAAUAUCUGUCUAUUUAUUGCAGUACGCCAAAAGGCGAUACUAUUUUUAUGCGCUUCAUAAAAUGGAAAACAGCAU